AUGCGUCUGAGCCAAGUCGUCUUCUUUUCUCUGCUUGGGCUUGCCACUGCCUCUCCUGCUCCGGACGGACUUGAUAGCUCGGCUGCUGUUGUAGCUGACGACUUCAAGCCCGACUGGGAUGCUUUUGAGAGCGACUUCAAAAUGGCUUUGGAGGAGUCCAAAGCGGACCCGAGUUUGGCCAAGCGCCUAAACACCCAUAGCGCUAGCAAUGUUGCAUACGGGCAGGCAAUCUAUGCUGCCGGUUCUGCCGCUGUCAAUCAGGUUAAGGGCCUGAAGAAUUGGAAUAAGGCCAGGGAACAAUUCACCCAGCUAGGUAGGAAAAGAGGGAACUACUUCUGUCUGUGGAAAUCCAGCGCUAACAACCCCUUUCCAGUAACCCAGGGCAUGAUGGACCAUAACCCCGACCCAAAAACAGCCGUGGCUGCAAUUUGCUACAACAAGGGCUACGGAGUCCAGAAUCCGGAAGGAAUUUAUGGCCUACAUAGCGAAAAACUUUCUGUUUGGCCAGCAUCUACCGACUACGACUGUUUCUACAUGGGCAAAAACAACGCAUUCUGGUCUUACGGUGAUGGUGGCACCAUCAACUUGUUCACCCGCUGGUACCAUGGAGCUUGCCGUUUCGACGACAAAUCGGAUCUCUACUGCUGA